UUCAUUUUAUAGAUAGGUGUGUGAACGGUCAUUCAAACCGGCGGAAAAAGUAGAUAAAGUUUGGUAUUUUUUCUCUUUUGCUCUCCGUCUUUUCCCGGCUCUAUGAGGGGUGUUCCUCGGAACAGUUUACAUGCGGACUGUCAGAAAUACUACAGCCUCACGUGUUUGACUUUAGCUUGCAUUUGAGAUAUAUUUUUCUAUAUUAACUCGCAUUUUCGCUCUCGGAGCCACAGCUUACUGUGCACACUUUGUCAAAGUCGACUUCAUUCAAAACUUGUUGGCGUUUCGGUGGCAGGCGUCUACCUACGUUUGUAUUUUAUUCUGGGUUUGAAAAGCGGAUUAAGAUAUCGCAGUCAUAAACUCAUUGGAGAGGAGGUGAAGGACUGCUCGGCAUGAUAUACGUGCAGGUCAUCAGAGGGUAACACUGUGGAGAUCUCGUCACUUUUUAAAAAGCUGAUCGUUCUUCCUGAAAAUUAAACCUAAAUGGAUCUUCUCUGGGUCUUUCUGCUGCUGGAGGUGUUUCUGACGUCCGCUGCUGCCAGGGGUCCUCCCAGGGUGUCAGAGCGGGUGGCCCACCGGCAGAGCGUCCGUCUGGGUCGCACCAUGAAGCUGCCCUGCCCCGUGGAGGGAGACCCCCCGCCGCUCAUCAUGUGGACCAAAGAUGGCCGCAACAUCCACAGCGGCUGGACGCGCUUCAGGGUGCUGCAGCACGGUCUGCGGAUCAAAGAGGUGGAGCCUGAAGACGCAGGGACCUACAUCUGCAAGGCCACCAACGGGUUCGGCAGUGUGAACAUCAACUACACCCUCAUCGUUAUAGAUGACUCCAGUUCCAGAGGUGGAGCGGUGGAGGCCAAUGGCGACCCUGAACACGCCCCGGAGCUGGCUGGAAAACUGGUGCGUCCACGUUUCACACAGCCGUCAAAGAUGAGGAAGCGGGUCAUCGCUCGUCCUGUGGGCAGCUCAGUGCGUCUGAAGUGCGCAGCGAGCGGGAACCCUCGCCCCGACAUCGUGUGGCUGAAGGACAGCCAGCCACUGGUGGACGAGGACGCUGCAGCAGGAGGAGCAGGAGGGGAAGGGAAGAAGAAGAAGUGGACUCUGAGUCUGAAGAACCUGAUGCCCAAGCACAGCGGGAAGUACACCUGCCACGUGUCCAACAAGGCAGGAGAGAUCAACGCCACCUACAAAGUGGAAGUCAUACAACGUACCAACUCUAAACCCAUUCUGACUGGCACUCACCCCGUCAACACCACCGUGGACUACGGAGGAACGGCCUCCUUCCAGUGUAAAGUCCGCAGCGACGUCAAGCCUGUCAUUCAGUGGCUGAAAAGAGUCGAACCCGGUGACGAGAACAAAUUCAACUCCACCAUCGAGGUUGGAGACCACCGCUUCGUGGUCCUGCCCACAGGGGAGGUGUGGUCCCGCCCUGACGGGUCGUACCUCAACAAGCUGCUGAUCGCCAGAGCCAAGGAGGAGGACGCCGGCAUGUACAUCUGCCUGGGAGCCAACACCAUGGGCUACAGCUUCAGGAGCGCCUACCUCACCGUGCUGCCAGAUCUGAAGCCCCAAAACAACGCUGUCCCCACAGCAUCUUCCCCGAGCCUCCCCUGGCCCGUCAUUAUUGGAAUCCCAGCCGGUGUCGCCUUCAUCUUAGGCACCGCCCUCCUCUGGUUCUGCCAAUCCAAACGUACCUGCUCUUCUUCUUCCUCUUCAUCCUCCUCUGCUCUUCCCACCGCCCAGCGUCUUCCGGCCCCUAAUCGAGACCGAGCCUGUCCUGCGGUAACUCCUCAACCGGCCAAUGGGGAUAAAGAUUGUCUUUCAUACGAGGACUACAUCGCCCACCAGCAGCUGCUCGUCGCUCAGGGAGGCACUGGAUUGGCCCCCAAGGUCUAUCCGAAGAUCUACACGGAUAUACACACACACACACAUUCACACGUGGACGGGAAAGUGCACCAGCACCAGCACAUCCACUACCAGUGUUAGCACGCUCUCACACCAGCUCUCACACGGACAUGUCCCUGAGCAUGCAGACUCCUUCGGUCCAGACUCACUGCUGGAAAGCCACAUGCAGGACACCAUGAGGACUUUUAUACAGAAACAUGGAGUCACGCAACUCUUCCCCAUCAUGCUGCAGCCAUGUUAAUGUGUACACAGACUUUUAACAGACACAAACAAUGAAGAAUGUAAAGAAAGAAGACAAAUAUCCUUAUUUUUUAAGAAAUCCAGUGUAAUGUAUGAAAGAAAAAUCCCAAAACAUGUUUAUCAAAGCUUAUUUUGAAAUAAUCUUUUUUGCUGUAGAUUUAUAUAACUUCCUUUUUUGCUUUAUUUGAAGCAACUUCAAGGUUUUUGUUAGUAUUGGACACAACCACAACCUCCUCAGUAACAGCAGAAAUAGCUCGCCUACAUCUACUAAUGUAUAUAGUGGAAUAUGGCAUUUAGCAUGGUUCCUCAUCCUGGGUAAUAUAUAAAGAACAAUAUAGCAUGUGCCUAAUGUAAUAGCUUCAUUUAAGAGUAUAUCAUCUGGCAUCAGCCGAACUGAGCCAUAAAAACCUCCACCUGUAUCCACACCUUCUGCAGGAUGAAAGCCGCUCUCCUUAGUUGAGAUACGUUUAACCUUUAUAGCAAACAGUACAAAAAAAGAUCAUCAACAAUGCCUUGGUGUAAAACGUGCCUUCAAACAAUUGUUUCCAGAUUUCGUGGAUAGCUGUCGGAUCAUUGGAUAUGUCACAGAGUCUCCUUAAUCUGUUGUGAGAUUUAGAUGGCUUUAAAAAGAGGAACUUCAUCCAAAAGUGCCUCACAAUAAGAUCUCAAGUAUAAUGGAUCAGGGUUGCAUGUGCACUCUUCAAUAGUGCCUUCUUCUCACCUGUAAAGCCCUCUUUCACCCUGUUUGCUCUAUUUUGCUCAUUUAAGAGGCUCAAAAAGGUAAAUGAGAUGCUGCUUUAAACUGAAACCAAUAUAGAUAACCCAAAAUAUUGAGCCAUAUGUGCUGCUUAAAUUCAUGUUGAUUACUUUAGCAGAACCCGCCAACAUACAUAAACUGCUUUUAAUCCUGUAUUAUUGCAAUUAAUCAGAAUAACUCCUCGGUGCAUUUUAAAAUAUGUCCAGGAUAUAUAUUUUUUUACAAUUUUCAUGCCUGCAGAUUUGCUACUAAACUAAAAUAAUUAAAUUAUGAGAUCCAAAAUGUGUUUAAAAUGUUUUAACAGGUUGGUUUUGAAGCAGUUUUAUAACCAUUUAGUCUCAUGUAAUUGCCAUUUGAAAGCCCCACACUGCCAUGAUGCUCCUCCACAUGUGUUUUCAUUCAUGUUGGCUGAACCUCCUUCUGUUUUGUGCAUUUGAUGAAUAUGUUCCUCCCUCUCUCAGGUGCUUUGUUGCACCACAUUGGCUGGGAAAACGUAAGCCCUCAUCAUACUCAUUAAUAAGUUGAGUUUGUUUGCUCCUCCAUGGCUUCCUCCUGA